AUGGAACAUCAGCUUUCCCUGCCCUCCUGGGAACUUCAUAACAUCGUCAGCUCAUUUUUCGAUCAACCUAUGCAAAUUAGCAGUUACGAUCCUCAGCUUUCACCUGCUAUCACCACCAGUGAGAAUUCACACACAAAUUCCUCAGACUCGUAUGUUCCGUAUUUUUUAUCAGAUGAGUUUAUUGAUCAAACAUUAUUAGAUGAUAAGAUGCCAGACAUUCUCCCGAUGGAGAGUUUGGAGGUUAUUUCAAGUCAUGAGUUUGGGAAAGUAUGUGGUUGGUUAGAUGCAAGUGAAGGUGAGGAUUAUAAUUUGCCACAACUCUCAAUGGAGGAAAAAGAUUUAUGGAGUCCUGAUCUCUUAACCGAAUCUUCUGUGGAAGAAAAAGAUUUAUGGAGCCCGGAUCUCUUAUUAGAAUCUUAUAAUGAAACAGAGUGUCUUCAACCAGGAAAUGAGUCACUUAUAUUACCCACUGAUGAUAUGGAAGUUGACAUUCAAUCAAGCCUUUGUCCUCUGCUUCAAGCUUAUGGAGAAGCUAUGGAUGACGGACAAAUACAACUUGCAGAUGCUUUAGUUGCACGCAUAAAUCAGAAGGUAAGCCCGGUUGGCAAGACCCUGGAACGUGUGGCAUUCAACCUAUUCCAGUCAACCGAAAAUCAAGGAUGCUAUAUAAAACAAGAAGCAAGCAAGAAUCUUGAAGAAGCAUUUAAAGCAUUCUACGAAAUCUUUCCAUACGGGAGGUUUUCUCACUUUGCAGCUAACUCGGCUAUUCUUGAAGCUAUGCCAGAUGAUGCUGAGACCAUACACAUAGUAGACUUUGAAAUGGGAUCAGGAAUUCAGUGGCCUUCACUUAUUGAGUCAAUAGGUAGUACAGAUAAGACGCUAAGAUUGACAUCAGUAAAAGCAGAAGAUAACUAUGCUUCUGAAUCCUCAAUUUGGAAAUUUGAGAAGACCAAGUGGCAGCUCCAUGAGUACGCAAGAUCUUACAAUAUUAAGCUGAUUAUAGAGGAGAUGACAUUGGAAGAUUUGAUGAAAUAUAUAGAAAUUUCAAAGAGUGAAAACAAAAGAGAAUGGUUAGCUUUUAAUUGUAUGGUUAACCUUCCACACCUAGGGAGUAGGAGAAGCAGGAAUGACAUCAUGAAGUUUUUAUGGGUAGCACAGGCAGUUUUAGUUAAUUUCACCACCUACAGAGGAAUAUUGACUUUUGGACAUGGAGAAGAAGGGGAGAUGAUGAAAAAUACAUCCACAUUCAGUUCAUUCUUCUCUGACAGACUGAGGCACUACCAUGCACUUUAUGAGUCCAUGGAAUGUAAUUUUCCAGAUAAUUUUGCAGAAGCAAGGUUAGCUAUGGAGAGCCUUUUCCUUGGCCCUUAUGUAUCUUCCCCCUCCUGCUUUAAGAGGUGGGAGGAGAUGAAAAGUGGCCCUGUAUCAGCGUCGGUUAUUGGAUUACAAGGUUUGAAAGUGAGCCAAGAGAGCUUACUGGAAGCGAAGGAUAUGAUAAAUGAAGGAGACACUUUAUAUGCUGUUAGGAAUGAGGGGCAGAAUGAGAAUGAAUUGAUUCUGGAAUGGGGAGGAAGCCCACUAUUCAGAGUUUCAACCUGGAUGUAG